UUCAUCCUCCCAACCAAAAAUAAUUAUUCAAUGAAAGAAUCUUCAUUAUAUAUUUCUAUCCCAUCCCACUAUCUCUAAAAAGUUGCAAAAUCCCCCGCUCCGAUUCCCCUUUUUGUUCCAUCUUCUCUCUCACUUUUUCCACCAUCGGAUUAAUCUCUUCCCAUUUCGUCUUCUUCCCUAAUUUCAGGUUAAUCUGUCCUUAAUCUCGCUUUUGAAGCCUUGGUCUCCAUCCGAGAUGGCGUCCACGGCGACUCGAUUCAUCAAAGCCCCAUCUCCAUUUCAUUCUAUUCAGAAAACUUCCUACACCCACGCUCCGAUCAAAAUCUCCCUUCCUGCUGGGAGCUUCAAGGCCAAGAAGGCCAAUCUCCGGCUCCGAGUUUCCGCCGGUUUGAUCGAACCAGACGGCGGAAGGCUGGUGGAGCUUCUGGUUGAGGAGCCUCUGAGGGGUUUGAAGAAGAAGGAGGCCUUAUCCUUGCCGAGGAUCUCCCUUUCGAGCAUCGAUAUUCAAUGGGUCCAUGUGCUCAGCGAAGGAUGGGCCAGUCCUCUUACCGGAUUCAUGAGAGAAUCCGAGUUCCUCCAAACGCUUCAUUUCAAUUCGCUCAGGCUUCCAGAUGGGUCUGUGGCGAACAUGUCAGUGCCCAUUGUCUUGGCCAUUGACGAUGCCCAAAAGCACCACAUCGGCGACUCCACCAGUGUGGCUCUCUUUGACGCCAACAACAACCCCAUCGCUAUUAUGAAGGAUAUUGAGAUCUACAAGCACCCAAAAGAGGAAAGGAUAGCAAGAACCUGGGGCACCACUGCUCCCGGGCUCCCUUACGUUGAUCAAGCCAUAACCAAUGCUGGUAACUGGCUGAUAGGAGGUGACUUAGAGGUUAUAGAACCAAUCAAGUACCAUGAUGGGCUAGACCGUUUCCGACAGUCACCUGCAGAACUACGGGAGGAAUUUACCCGGCGAAAUGCAGAUGCUGUGUUCGCAUUCCAACUUCGAAAUCCAGUACAUAAUGGGCAUGCAUUACUAAUGACGGAUACCCGCCGUCGACUGCUUGAAAUGGGAUACAAGAACCCCGUUUUGUUGCUUCAUCCUUUGGGUGGCUACACCAAGGCAGAUGAUGUUCCACUAGGUUGGCGAAUGAAGCAACAUGAGAAGGUCCUUGAGGAUGGUGUUCUUGAUCCAGAGACAACGGUCGUCUCCAUAUUUCCAUCUCCUAUGCACUAUGCAGGGCCAACUGAGGUGCAGUGGCAUGCAAAGGCAAGAAUCAAUGCAGGAGCCAACUUUUACAUUGUUGGACGCGACCCAGCUGGAAUGGGUCAUCCUACUAAGAAAAGGGAUUUGUAUGAUGCUGACCAUGGGAAGAAAGUUUUGAGCAUGGCACCUGGACUAGAGCGGCUGAACAUCCUUCCCUUCAGAGUUGCUGCUUAUGAUAAAACUCAGGGCAAAAUGGCUUUCUUCGACCCCUCGAGAGCUCAGGAUUUCCUAUUCAUAUCCGGCACCAAGAUGAGAACACUAGCGAAGAACAAGGAGAAUCCACCAGAAGGGUUUAUGUGCCCAGGUGGAUGGAAGGUGUUAGUUGAAUAUUAUGACAGUUUGGUACCUGCAAGCAGUGGCAGACUGGCUGAACCUGAAGCUGUUCUGGCAUAGCCUGCUGUAUCAGAGAAAAGUAUAUUAGCAAUUUGAACAUAUGAAUAAGACCAAGAGAUGGAUGGAACUGAAGCAAAACAUAAUUUGCCUCUCUUUGUAAAUUAUAGAUGCCCUCAUCGCAUCUUUGGAUUUGGUACAAGACUCUGCAGCUUGUGUAUUAGUGUUCUUUAUGUUCAGUUCUAUGAAGGAGAUGGGCUUGAUGAUGGAUUUGAUUUUCAGGUUAAACAACUUUCACUAUAUUAUUCUAAUAGAAUCCCUUUGCGAGUUCUAUA